UGCGGUUAGAGGCGCACGUGUUUGUUCCGUGAAGACCGGUCGAGUGUUUCGAGCUUUCGGACGAAAAAAGCUCGUAUUUUUAUCGGACUUUAUGGUGUUAUGUUUCUAUAGACUUUUUGGUAAACUUAUGUGAUUGUGUAAAACUCAAAUCAGAGAUAGACAAAAGCUCUUUCUGGGUAGAUACUUUUUAAAAAACGAAAUAGAGUUAUGUCCGAAAAAUUUUUUCACUUAAACUUUUAAUUAGUGUGGAUGUGCUUUGAAACCUAAAGUUUUGGCUUACAAGGAUACUUGAUUGUACCCCAAUCAAGUUUGCAUCAAGUGCUAACGACCAGAAACCUAAGCAAGAGACAUGUGAUAUUUACACGGCCAAAGGAAUGUCACAUUAGACCAAAUGAUAGAUGUCUUUGACCACUGAGAAAGAUGCGCAGGAGUAUGGAUGGACCAUAGAAUGCGCGUCAUCGCGGCGCUAAUAUCUUUCAUGGUCAUUUCAUCGCCUGUCUACGCUUUUAUACCUGGUGCUGAUGGGCCAGUUAUAGCAGAGGAGGCACUGGAAGGCGGCAAUGCGACGUUGUACUGCGACACCUCUACUGAUAUCCUCAAUGAUGAGCUGAUGCUGCAAGUCUGGUACAAAGACGAUGUACCUAUUUAUAGUUACGAUGCACGGAUAUCGAGCCAGUGGUCGAGUUCGUCGUUCAACAGCAGCGGACGACUGCUGUCUGACCUCCGUAGACAGCCGACCGUGCUGACGGUGACCAACCUGAGGGGCGACGACCAGGCGCUGUACCACUGCCGCGUGGACUACCUGCUGGGGCCCACCAGGAAUGUUGGCAUCAAUCUGACCGUUAUUGUUCUACCAAGUCAACCAUUCUUCCUUGACGAGGUGGGGAACAAAGUUGAAGGAAAAAUCGGACCGUACCACGAGGGAGACACUUUGCUACUUAGCUGCCUAGUUAUUGGAGGUCGACCUCCACCUAGGAUCAGCUGGUAUUCCGGUGAAGAACUGGUGGACGCUUCAGAUGGCGCCAGUGACAUACCGGGCGUGAAAGAGAACGAGCUAUACCUGCCUCUCACGCGUGACAACGCUGAGUCGUUGUCGUGUAGAGCCAACAAUACUCCUCGGGUUCCACCAGUAAAGGCCACUUUAAAGAUUGAACUGUUUCUAUCCGCCUACAACGUCACCAUAAACUGGGUGCGAGGGACAGUGGAAGACGCGUUAAGCGCUGGCAGGACGGCCGUGGUGCAGUGCGUCGUGCACGGCUCUUACCCGCAACCGGAGCUAACGUGGUGGCUGGACCACCGGCACCUCACGCAACACAGCAAUCAGAGCUGGAACAAUGCGACGCGCAAGGCGCAGUCGUUCCUGGAGCUGACGCCGGCCGUGAGCGACAACGGCGCGACGCUGGCGUGCGUCGCCACCAACACUGCCAUGGCGCCGGGGCGAGACUCCAAGGCUGACGUCAUUGUGCUUAAUGUUACCUAUAGUCCAAUAGUAGAAUUAUCCAAAUUAGGAGAUGGAAGACUGAACGAAGUGGUAGAGCUGGACAGCUUGCACCUGGAGUGUGAAGUGAGAGCCAACCCACCUGUUGAAAACUUUAUAUGGUAUUUUAAUGAUAUAGAAAUAAGGCCGCACAGCUUAUGGGGCAGCCAAGUUUCCUCCCAAUCCCUGCUGGUUGAGGAAGCAACACGGAGACACGCUGGCCGUUACUCCUGCGCUGCUCGCAACAGCAUCGGGGAAACCAGAUCUGAAUCUAUCAAUAUAAAUGUAUUUUAUCCACCAGAAUGUAUGGACCACGGCAUUACUUUAGUGAAAGAAAGUUUGAAAUGCAAUGUAAAAGCACUGCCAGCGCCGGACACAUUUUUCUGGCACAUCCAACCGACUGACGAAGACGUACAGCAUCUCACCACAGGUUCAGCAAUCCUCCCCCUGACACAAAUCACCGGAUCACUGUCAAGGAACCUAGACGCUAGUUGUGAAGCAGGCAACGGUAUCGCCUCUCAAGAAAAACCCUGUAAAAGAACUUUCAGUUUUGAACUGUUGAGACCUCCACAACCGCAACAAUGCGACCUGGCGUAUGAGUAUGAAGAAUUUCAAAUGAGAUGUUUACCAGUUGAAAACGCAACGUACUACGAAGUUUCGGUUUGGCGAAUGUCAAACUCCAAUUCUUCGUUAAUGCUAGAAAGACGGGGAUCCAUGGGAUACGGGAUGAGUCAGGCUCUAGCCCAGGGUGAGGGCGUCCCAUGGCUGGUGCGGGGACCUCUCGGAAACCUUCGAGCGGAAGACGAGGUCGGCGCUUCUGCCUGCAACAGAUAUGGCUGUUCUGGUUCACUGCUUUUGAGACCGACAGAGAUAUUGCUGAAUUCGGCCGGCGUGCCGUGGUGGAAAUAUCUUGUCGGAAAAGACGUGGGCAUAUCAAUCGGGGCUGUAGUACUUCUGGCAGUGUUCAUUCUGUCAUCAGUCCUGUUGAUAAGGGUUGCACGCCGCGUUCGCUCCAAGCCUGCUCCCGUCAUACAAGUCCUGCAACUCGAUGAAGUUGCACGAGAAUACUUAGAUAACCUUGGAGAGCAUAAAGUCCACGCAUCAUGCAGCCUACGCUCUUGCAGCAGCGGAUACUCGGAUGGUUCGGGCGAAACCGCACCAACCAUCGACCGACGCCGCAAGCCUCGCCUCUGGGAGUGGGACGCACCCCCUCCAGAUGUGACCCUCACUCUGCAUAGAGAAAGUGCUGUAUGAACGACACAACAACCGAGAACCAAUGAGAAUGAUGAUACUAGAGAUGAGGCUCUAGCGCAUCAAAACUGAGGCGGCCGAAUGUGGAAAAUUGACUUUAUUUCAUUUAGUCGCUUAUUAAACAACGAACGUUAUUUAAGCAAAUAAUAACUGAUUAUCAAUGUCGAGUUAUGUGUUCAGAAAAUGUAAAAACUAUAUAUGCAUAAAUAAUUAAAUAUAUGUCGGAGCUGACCACUCAAGCCUCUACCACACAAGUCACUGAAGUCGAGGAGCGUAGACAGAGAACCUCAGAACAUCCACAACGAUCGCACAUAGAUUAAUAUUUGAGUUAAGAUUUUAUUAUUGAUACUUGGACAGGAAUGUAAUUAAUUAUUAAUUAGACUUGUGUGGUAGAGGCAGCUUGAGUGGUCAGCCCUGACAUAUAUAAUGAAAUUAAAGACAAAAUUGUGCAUGUGGCGCUAAAUGGUGUAGCUGAAUCCGAAUCACUUUUUGCGGUGAUUUUGUAGGGACGUAACCUCUCUAUAGUAUAAGGUUAUCUUUGCCGAAAACAUUAUAUAGUUUAUCUGCAGUUUUCUGAAAUAUUCAAUGCCAUCUUGCCCAAAUUAAUGCAGCAUUUAGGGCUAGGUGUUGAAUAGUAUAAAACUCGUUAGCUUUUUUGUCUUAGUGACAAAGACAAAAUUUGCGAAGCAUUUUAAGCAUUCCUUUCUGAAGCCGUGUAAAUAAAAUUAAGAUUUAAUAGCAGGGUAUUUAAGAUCUUACUCUGGCGUUACCAUGUUUCUUGGAAUGCAAACAUAUUUAAGGACUUUUUUAUUGAUUUUAUCUAUUGAAAACAGAGUUCUACAUCUAAGAUAUCCAAUGUGUUUAAAGUAUUGUAAUAAGUAAAGGACAACAGUGGAUUUUGAAAUUAUACGAAUAAGAGACUGCUGUUACUAAUAAUAAUAUAGCCAAUACAUAGUGUUAAAAAAAUUUAUAACGUCUUUGGAAAAUUAACAUGACAAAAUCUGUGCUGUGAAUAUUAAAAAUAAAAUUCUAAUCACUUAAUUAUUUUUUCCAGAGACCAGCAAAAUAAGAAACAGAAAACUUGAGUUUAUUCUGCAAUUCUUUUGUCCGCAAUCCAAAAUUAAAUUUAGCAGGUUUCAGUAUUAGAAAAUUUACGCCGGGUGUGUUUAAAUUGUCCCCUUGUCAGUAAGGGGAUAGUCAUUAGGCUGAUAUUAGUUUUUUAUGUUGAUUUAAUGAUGAUCAAAAUAAACAAGCAAUUAUUUUUAUGCGAACAAUCUAGAAGUAGGUGGCAAACAUGGGACUGUAUUUUGCUGGUUUAAAAUAGUUAUUUGUUUGCUUGAUUGAAUACCGAGAUAGCAAAAGAUUCUCAAUUUGAACCUUGGGCAAAACGAGGGGUUCCAAAGAAGAAUCCUGAGCGUCGCGUGGAUUCAACGCACUAGAAGUAAGUUUGCUGCCGCGUGCAAUACAUAAUUACUCAUUUCAUUACAGAGAGAAAACUGCUAGUUGAAAUAAGAAAUCUAUUCAUGCUGAAUCGACAAUACUUUUGCGUUGAGAAUAGUUUAUUCUCCUGCAGCAAAACGAGCUUUUACUUACUGACUUCGUGCAACAAAUACAACUUUUCAGAGUUAGAAAAAGAAGCAGCUAAGAAAAAUAUUGGUGCUUAUGCGGUUAAACACGAUUUCUCUGCCAGUGGGAAUAAUAAAUUAAACAGGAUAGCCUGUGUUCUUUUAUAUUACUUUAGCAGUUUGUGUUAGACAAUCGGAAAAGUACCAUUAUUGUGAUAUAAUAUUUAAGGCAGCGACCAUAUUCAACAUACAGUCAGCGAACAUGUACUUUUACUUCAGAUGUGACUAAAAUUGUGACCAUUGUAAAUAAUUGUACCCAAGUUGUAAAAAGCCUCAUGCACAUGUAAAAAGGGCUAUGCUUAAAGCAUCGCAUAGAUUCUCCUAAAAACUCGUGUCAAGUACUUACAAAGCCUCAUGCAUAAGUAUAAAAGGGCCUAGGUAUUGCAUGAAUUCUCCUAAAAACUGGUGGUCACCUUAUCAGGUCGAGAAUUAUUUAGCGUGAUAAUUAAUUUUCGACUUCACACACGUCACAUGUGACUCCUGAACUUCCCAAAGUUAGACAGUUAAUUUGUUAAAGUGCAGUAUAAUCCUAUUCAAACUUUAUGACGUCUCAGAACAUCGUGCGUUAAAAUGUAGGUACAGUGCAAAAUUUUAUGUAUAUCAGCGGCAACGUAUGGCCGGCGGGUAUCACCCUCACGAUGGACAAUGUACCUAUGUAUGUACUGUAUGUAAUUACCAACGCUUAGCUACCUCUGCAACUAACUUCAGGGAAGUCAUAUAGUUUGAAUAGGGCUGCAAUAAACUCCGCUUCGUUGCACCUCGUUAGAUGAUCGUCGAUCCUUAUGCCCUGACUUACUGUGCACAAGGCUUUAUUGGUUUAAAAUCUAAGAUAACAUAGUUUGUUGUUCGUGUUGCCAAUAAACCACAAAAUAUGUCAGCAUUGAUUGAGCAAUGGAAAGAUUCACGAAGAUGUUAAUCUCAACCAGCAAAGUAAUAAUGGUAAUAAAAUUACCUAUAACUUACUAUAUUAAGUUCAGUGUCACUCGGGCAACAAACCGAAAAAAUCUGUGUAUUUUAUAAGUGGAAAAUAAUAUUGACUGUUUAAAAAUUCUUACGUGAACUAUGAUGUUACAAAAAACGAAGUAAUUUAAUGAAUAUUAAUUUAAUAAUAUAAAAUAAAAUACCUGUGGAACAAUA